AUUGAGAGGGAAGGAGACGCACGCGCACGCUCAGUGUAAGGUUUGUUUCUCAAUAUCGCAUGGCCACACAUAUUGAGAGAGUAAAACGGUUAGUUGAUCUUUCAUCGUGUCUUUUAUCAUAAACGCUAUAUAAUUUGUGCAAAAGGAAAAAACCGGUGGCCUUGCGACGAUUGGGAUAAAAAUCGUCGUAACGUUUUAGUAAUUCAGGAGGAACCGACAAAGCCACACGAUUAGAACGCGCGUGGCCACUUCUUUUUUCUCUUCUCACACUUUCGCACGAUAUAUAGAUAUAUAUUUGUGUGUGCGUGUGUUGUACGUGAGGGCGCGCGUAACCCGCCGCCAUAGUUAAUCAUAUCCCUCGAUGGAAUGUUAAACGAAGGCGCGCGCGCGCGCGCGCACACGUUUACCGCCUAUCGGACUAAUAAUCGUUCGGAAUAGAAUAAAAACACGUAUAAAGUAGGAAAAUAGAAUAAAUUAACAGAGAAAGCGAUAGAACGUAUUAGAGAGAUAAACGUCGAGAGAAAGUCAAGUGGAUUAGAAAGAAAUAGACGUAAAACAAACGGAAAGAAAGAGAGAGAGAGAGAGAGAGAGAGAGAGAGAGAGAAAGGACGUAUUAAAAGAAAGAAAGUAAGAAAAACGGAUAGAAAAUUCGUUAUAUCGAAGAAACGGAUCGACCGUCGGAACUAACCCACAAAACUGAUCUCCGAGACGCUCGAGGUGGCGCGCGCGCAUUCGUCAUAUCUCGCGCGCGUACGUUGGGAGGUCGUAACGAAUCCUGUUCCGUUGGUUGUAAUAAUUAAUUAAUGUACUAAUUAUUUCAUCGAUUAAUCGGAUUAGUUAAUUAGUUAAUCGAGCCCGAUUGAAACAACAGUGUUUGAGGGGAAAACAAAAAAAGUCAAAGAUAAAAGAAAAUAUACAGGGACAAGUGUAAAGUGGGAACAGAAAAAUAAGAAAAGGAAAUUGAACGAAGUACGAGAGGUAGACAGGAAGAGCAGAAGAAAAACGAAGUUCUUGCGAUCGGAUUGGCGCGGAGCGAGGCGACACGACGCAUCACACGCCGAGCAUAACAUCGGUAAAAGAUGAAUUUCACGCCUUUUCCUGGCUUUACCACAGGCUCGUUGCCGACAGGUACGGUUCAUCAAUUUGCAACAGCCAAAUUCGCACAAAAUUUGACUACCGGUGGUCAGGUUGUCGGCGUUUUAUCAGGCGGAGAGGGUGGCGUUCAUUACUUGAGACCAGUCGAUCCUAAUGGUUUUGCUGUGGCUCAAGGAGGCAAUAAUCAACAGCAGCAAAUAAUUACGCUGCCUAUAACUGUACCUGGAAAAGAUGGCACGCAACAACAGCAAACUGUUCAAAUUCAGGUGGUUAAUCCUAGUGUUUCCCAAAGUGGAAACAGCGGGGACCAACCAAAAUAUCAUUUGGCGCCAAUUUCGUUGGGACAAUUCCCUCAAGGUGCAGCAACUGUUCUUACGGUCGCAUAUAGUCAACAGGGAACGGAUGGUGUUCAGAUUCAAGUUCAGCCACAAAAUACUGUAGCAACGACGCAAACGACGGAUCAAACAACGCAGAGUACAUCGGUCGCGGUAACUACCACGUCGCAACAGACGAUUCAGCAAACUGUACAACUUCCGGGAGCACCAGAGGGAUUGACCGUGGUUGCACAAAUACCACAAGAUUUGAUCUUAAGAGAAGGGAUGGAAGAGUCCAAAGAGGACGUGAAAGAAGGCACAACUCCCGUUGCCCUUAUUAAAAGAGGAAGUGUGAAAAAUCAAGGAAAUCAAAGUAAUGAAGAGUUCAUUACUUCAAUGCCUGCGGGUUGGCAAAGUUUGGCAACCCCAGGUUCCACGGUUGCUGAUUAUCUUUCAAGGCUUCCCGCCAGUACAUUGCCACUUGGUUUACAACAUUUCCUCAAAUUUUCAGCAGAAACGAUAAAGAGAGAAGCCACUAUAGAAUCGAGUCCUUUAGGCGCUGAUGGUUUGGACGCUUCAGGAAGUAUGACACCCGGGGAACAAGCCGUACAGAUUACAGUAGCUGGUGGUGAGACUAUUAUUCCGGACGUUGUCGAGGAACAAGAACCGGGAACAAAACCCAAAAGAAAAAAGAAAUACAAGAAAAAACCUCCGAAACCAAAAAAGCCGAAACCUGGUCAAGUUAGUAUCGUUACUGCUUUGGAUGGUACCACGCUAUUCUGCUGCCCUCAAUGUAAUAUGGCUUACCCGGAGAAAGAACUUUUAGAACAACAUCUCAUCGGUCAUAAAAUAGAAAGGAGGUUUAUUUGCGAUAUAUGCGGUGCUGGUUUGAAACGUAAAGAACAUUUAGAACGACACAAACUUGGUCAUAACCCUGACAGACCAUUUAUUUGUUCCGUUUGCAUGAAAGGCUUCAAACGAAAAGAACAUCUUAAUCUUCACUUUGUUAUACACUCGGGACAAAAGACCGAAGUUUGUACCGAGUGUGGAAAGGCCUUCUACAGAAAGGAUCAUUUAAGAAAACACGCAAGAUCGCAUCUUGCCAAACGUGCUAAAGAAGAUCCAUUGAAUACGACUGAUACUUCGCAAAAUCAACAACAAGUAGAACAAACACAGCAACAAACGGAACAAUUACAGCAACAAUCUUCCGUUCCGGAGCUUCAACAAAUUCAAAUACAAGUGGGCCAAGGCUCGCAAGCUCAGAUACAUCAAAUUUCUGUCAGCGAACAAUCUACCGUCGUGCUACCAACUGCUGCUGAAACGGGUGCAAUGGCGAUGCUGCAUCAUCAGCAACAGCAGCAACAACAACAACAGCAACAGCAGCAACAACAACAACAGCAACAGCAGCAGCAACAACAACAGCAACAACAACAACAGCAGCAACAACAGCAACCUCAACAACAACAACCUCAACAACAACAGCAACGGUUUGCAAUGAAUUUCCCGCCGUUCGGAGGCCACUUUCCCGGCACUAUACCGAGUAUCCAUCAGUUCGCGACCGACGGCUCCGGUGGUGCAGGCGCGCGUUACGCUAAUCAUUUUCCCAACCAGCCUCCGAUCGGAGUGCCGGUUAUGGGAAAGUACCGUCCUGAGACCAACGGCGUACAAACUCCUCAAUCUCAAGUGAUGAUGAACAACAAGGCUAAUUAUCCAAACAGCAACGUCCACCACUACCCCAAUGUGCCAUAUUCUCAAGCUCAACCGGUGCAACAGAGACCCUCCAAUUCUCCUGGAAUGCAAGAGAAACGUUCGUAUCAUCAGCAAGCCACCGAGACUAUAAAUCAACAGGACGUUUGCAAUCUCCUACAGGAUAAGGACAAAAGCAAGGAUAAGAAGACGGACGAGCAGCGUAACGGGGACACUGCGACCAAUGGUGGACAGCAGGACUAUACGAUGCAUCAACAUCAUCAACAGCAUGCCCACACCCAAACGCCUGCCACGAUGCCUGCAACCUGGCAGUCCUUGGCAACGCCUGGCUCCACCGUAGCCGAUUACCUUAGUCAUUUGCCAGCUAGUACUUUGCCGCUUAGCUUACAUCAUUUUCUCAAGUACUCUGCGGAAAGUAUAAAGAAGGAAUCAGAAAUGGCGCAAACAACAUCCGUAGCUGUAGCUACCACAACUACGCCUAAUAUCAUGAUGUCGCCAAAUAACAAGAAAAAGAAGAAGAAGAAGCCACCAAAGGAAAAGAAACCACGCCCAAAACCAGGAGAAAUUCGAUUGACUACAGCUUUAGACGGCUCUACGCUUUACUGCUGUCCCGAGUGUCAUAUGGCAUAUCCCGAACGAGAAUUACUGGAGCAACAUCUGUUGGGUCAUACCAUGGAACGAAGAUUUGUCUGUGACAUUUGUGGAGCGGGUUUGAAAAGGAAAGAUCAUUUGACACGCCACAAGCAAAGUCAUAAUCCUGAAAGACCUUAUGUCUGCACUGUGUGCCUAAAAGCUUUCAAGAGAAAAGAACAAUUGACGUUGCACUUCGUAAUACAUUCUGGCGAGAAACGUCACGUGUGUACAGAAUGUGGUAAAGGCUUUUAUAGAAAAGAUCAUUUGCGAAAGCAUACUAGGAGUCAUAUUGCUAGGAGAGUGAAAGCCGAAUUAAGUCAGAAUGCUGGUACUCAACAGAAUCAACAGCAGAACAAUGUAUCCAGUAUGCAAACGACGACCGUGUCAGCAUCGUCCGUUCUUCCAGGCGGGCAUCCAGGUCCUCUCCUAUCCUGAGCCCCGCCACCAGGGAACUUCCAAGUUCCCCAUCCAAACAACAUUCUUCAUACUCAUACUUCGCAUCAUACAUUGCAUCAUCAUCACUUGGCCGCAGUCAAUGUGGCGCACCAAUCGAACGUUACUCCGCUUGCUACACCCAGCCAUUAUCAGACGCACGAGCUCGGCUUUCUAGGACACGUAAAAGAUUUCUGAGAGCAGGGGAAGACCUCGACUAAGAGGUAACAUUAUGACGCUACACGAUUGUCUCCGCGUACAGAGUUUCAGCGAUUUCACGUGGCUCGGACAUAGUGAGUUUUCUACAUACAUUUCAUUUAAAAGUGAUUCAAACGAUGUUCUGCUUCUUGCAUCCUUCUUAUAAACGACGAUGAAUUCAUUCGUUCAUGCGAAUGCUAUUUAACGUACGAAUUCUCGCAUCCACGAUUAUACUUGGGUGCAAAACGAUUCGCAGGAUGUCCGGAAUCCGUUCAACAUUUUCUCUUUAGAUCAUAUUUUAUAGCAUGAAUAAAUGUGAUAUACGAGCAAGGAUCGAGAACAGACACGUUCACACUAUAGUAUGGGUUGAAGUGCAUAUAAACUAUAAUUUCAGUAAGAGAACUUAGAUUAGGAGCCUGAUUUAAGAGUCUUGCCAUACUGUAUGUAUGAAAAACAAAACAUAUUUUUGUGAAAGCUUGGUGUUAAUAUAUGAAAACUAAGCUAGUUAGCGGGGGAAGAGAGAAAUACAAUGAAUUAUAUUUUUUUUCUUCAUAACUGUGCUGGAUCGAAAUGCUGUAUUUGCGAGUGUAUCUAUCAGAUUUUCAUAAUUAUCUGAUUCGGUUGGAUAGUGCAAAAACAGUUAUCAUAUUAAAGAAUCUUUUAGAAUUGUAAGGGCAAUAUAGAUGCAAAAACAUUCGUCCCAACUUCUAUUCGAUUGUAUGUCUUUCAGUUGGAAUUAAUAUCAUAAGUAUUUGAUAUUUUCUCAAUAUUUUAUAUUUCAACAUAUUGAGUAUAUUUCCAAAAUUUAUUAUAUACAUAAUGCUUAGUAAUAUACUUUAACUAAAUUUAUCUUAAAUGAAAAUUUUUUAAUUUGUAAUAUAGAAUUUAUUACAAAAGAAAAAAUAUAUUAAGAAUUAUUAUUAUGUAUGGCAAUAUUCUGUGCACGGUAAAAGUUAUACUUCUUUUGUUUUCUUUGAUUUUGCAUACAAAGUUGACAGUAUUUUAUAUUUUACGAUAGUUCCAAAAUUGUGCUUGUAUGUAUACUUUUAUACAUAAGUGCGUAAAUAUUUAUAUGAAUAUAUAUAUAUAUAUAUUUUACGAUUCAUCAAGAUCGUACUAAAAUCCUUUGUAAACAAACUCUUAUUGAGUUUGUUUCGUUUUUAUAUGAUUUUUACAUUGUUUUUAUAGAUAUUUUUCGUUAGAUCUGUUUAAUCUUCGUUGAGUACUGAUUACAUUCGUAAGCUCUGUCCUUAAAGGUACAGUAUAUAUUUAGGUUUUUUGUUUUUUCUUUUUAUAUGUGUAUACAGUACAUUAUGUUCAAAUAAGUGCAGUUGAUAAACUGUUUAAUUUAUAUAUUGAGCCUUUUGUAAAGAUAACCCUCGUGGACUGUGAUCAUUUUGGAUAGAGAUUUCUUGCUCUCUAGUUAUCCAAAUGAACUUGCGUUAUCAAUUAUCUAAUUUUUUUUUUUCUAGACUUAUUAAUUGUGCCAUUUUUUUUAAAUCCUCCUUGCCGUUUUCUCUUGCCAUAUCAAUAACUGUUCGGUUACGAUCGCUCACACUAUCGUACAUUUAUGUUUGUCGUCAAAUAUCUUGUACGUGUUUAAACAUUAAUUCAACGUCAAUAUGAUGGAAGAUAGUGUUGAAUAUGUUUAGGUACUGUAUAAAUGUAACGUAUAUGCCUGGUUAGGAAUGUGAUGCGAAUUUUUCAAAUGGAAAAAAGAUUGGAAAGUUUCAGAUAUGUAGAAUGCCAAUUGUAGAAUGUAUCUUUACACGAGAGUUUUAAACUUUUCAUUUGAAGUAGGCGAAUUAAAUUUUUAGUCGAGGAGAAGACUAUGAGAAAGAGGAUUUCUAAACCAAUGAUAAUUUUUAACGUAACGUUGAAACUAAUGAUGUGAUGCUAUCCGCUGUAUACAUUAUAACAAACUUUUUUGAAAUAUUGCAUCUUUAUUGUAUAAUACUUUCAUAUUUAAAGAUUACAUGUUUAAUACAACACAACGAUGAUUAACUAUUAAACUAAAUACAUCCGUUUAAAGAACUAUUUAAUCGAUAUAAACAAUAGUCCAGUAGUUUCUGACAUAAUCUCUCAAGCAAUUAAUUUAGUUAUAUUUUGUUCGAUAAAUAAUAUUUUCUUUAGACAAGCAAUGUACAAUUGAGAGAAAAUCCAAGAAAGUUAUAAAAUUAUCUUAUGGUUGAUCCUCGUUGUUGACUCUCCGCAUCAUGUUUCUAGCGUGAUACGUUUUAGCAAGUAACACGAAAAUUCAGGUUUCGUCAGACCUCAAGUAUAUUGAUAUAAUAAGAAUAUGACAUACAUAGUAUAUACUAAAAGUUGUAUAUAUCUAUAUAUUUAUAUUUAUAUAUAUAUAGAUAUAUAUAUAGAUAUAUAAAUAUUAUAUUAUAAAAAUAUAAGAGAAUGAGCUGUAUUAAAAUACUCCACCGCCACGUACUUGUAAUCGUAAACAACAACAACAAAAAAAACAGAGAGUACACCCUAGACGGUACAUUUAGUAAGUAAGUUUGUAUACAAGACAACAAAAAUACGACGUAAAUUGAGAAAGAAAAAAUUAGUGCGCGUGCGAAAGCGAGAAAAAAUGAAAGAAAGAAAGAGAGAUAGAGAGAGAGAGAGAGAGAGAGAGAGAAUGAAAGUGAGAGCAAGAAAGGAUGAGAGAAAGAGAGAAAGAAAGAUCGAAGAAAAAAUAGCGAAAGAUAGUCUCCUAAAACAGAGUAAGCCAAAUAUGGAGCUACUGAAGAAAAAACUCGCAACGUCGAUAUUGUGUGUGUGUGGUUAUAUUGGGAGUUUAGAAAGAGAGAGAGAGAGAGAGAAAGAGAGAAAGCGAUAGAGAACAAAAAUUCUCAUACGUAUUAUUGAUCUAACUAUGCGAAGAGAAAGUAAUUAAUAAAAUAAAGCAUUAUGAUUUAUACAACGGAGAUGAGAGACGAGAGGCAAGUUUUCCAAAAAUCGUAUAUCCUUACAGAGAUAAUGUGAGAUGUGACGUCACAAAAUGGUGGUCUAUUCAAAAAUUAUGAGUAAAAAAGGUUCUCGUAUUCGACGGAUUUUUUGUACUUUUUAAUGAAAAAAGAAAAUAAUAAUAAUAAUAAUAAUAAAACACGAAAGAAAUUAUCCGUCUCUUGGAGUAAAUAAAAGUUGGUGUUCCUAAGAAAAAAAA